UGAUAAAUUUAGCUGGCCACACUACAACGAGCCGCCUGUAAACAAUUUCUUAAUUUCUCGCGAAAAGAUUAUAGGACAAAAUCUAACAGAAAAUGCUGUCUUUAACUGAUCCUGGCAGCUCGGGGGGCAUUCCUGACAAGGCUUGGCAACCGCAUUUCGUGACUUUGGAAACUAGCAUGGGUGAAAUCACGGUGGAACUGUACUGGAAACAUGCCCCCAACACGUGCAGAAACUUCGCGGAGCUGUCGAGGAGGGGCUACUACAACAACGUGGUGUUCCACCGGAUAAUCAGGGACUUCAUGAUCCAGGGCGGCGACCCCACGGGAACGGGGCGCGGGGGAACCUCCAUCUACGGCUCCGAGUUCGGGGACGAGCUGCACGGCGACCUGAAGCACACGGGGGCCGGAAUCCUCUCGAUGGCCAACUCGGGUCCGGACACCAACGGAUCCCAGUUCUUCAUCACCCUGGCGCCCACGCAAUGGCUGGACGGCAAGCACACGAUCUUCGGCAGGGUCUACACCGGCAUGGAGGUGGUAAAGCGGAUAGGAAUGGUCGAGACCGACAAGAACGACCGACCUGUGGAUCCCUUGCGGAUCAUAAAGGCCAAGGUGGAGAAGCUUUGAGAUCGCACUUAUCUUUAAAUAUAGAAACUCGUUUGAAAAAUCUA